AAAUAAAAAUAUUUUUAUUUCACGGGAGUUGGUCUUCUAAAAAUAUGAAUAAAAAAUCAUAAAAUGUACCGUAAAAAGUUGUAAACGGAAGAAAUAAAAAAAAAAAUGUAAUCAAAACAAAAAUGUUCACAAAAUUACAAAAUAGAUUUUUUUAUCACUUAUCAUAGUAACGAUAUAGCGCGUUUCGCCAGACUCGGUCGGUCUUAUGACGACACCAUAGGAUUGGUACCGUGCAGAAGUGGGAGUGGGUAGGGAUACGCAGGAGGACCAGUUUUCGACAGUACCCAAAACCGGCGCUAGGCAAUCCACAUUCGGCAGUCUUCCUCAGCACAGUAUUAUUGCUUGUCAUCGUACCGUCGCGCGUCGAUUUGUUCCGUUCAGCUACCAACCCUCACACCGAAGUCCAGGCCAUCAUACCACAGCACUGAGAACAGUGACACUGAACACUGACAGCUACAGUCCUCCCGUGCACGCCGCCCACGAUACGUUGUCCAUAAGGUACAAGACAGCCUGCGAGCAAACUUUUCAGUAACUGUUAACAACGCACGUUUGCAGUAAUAUGAAUCCCAACAAUCCUGUAGAAAAAUUUUAUUAUCGAAAUCCUUGUCAAUUUACAAAUAAAUGUAGACCUGAAAAGCCAUCAUAUUCGAAAGACUUUCCUACUUUAACUUCAGACUUUGCCACAAGCAGCAAUCAUCAACAAGAAAAUGGAAAUGUUCAGCAGACAUUGACUAACGAACCCAUUUCAGAUUCAAAUUUAACUGAGAAUGUUGAAAUACAACCACAAAAAUCAAUAAAUAAACUACAAGAACAAGAUCCUAUGAUAUUGACAAGCGAAAAUAAAAAGCUUGUCAGAAAAGUUAAUUCCCUUGAAAACUCAGUGAAUACUCUUCGAAAACAAUUAAAAAGGGAAGAAAAUAAGAAUACUAAUCUUGUUAAUGAUUUUAAUCAUAAACGGUUAUAUGACGAAGAUUACAAAUGCCUUAUUUGUUUGGAAGUAUUUAUAAAGCCUAAAUUGCUGAAUUGCUCGCACAUGUUUUGUGAAUGGUGCAUUGACAAAUGGCUAGUGAACAAUAAUCAGUGUCCAACAUGUCGGGUUACAAUAGAGAGCGUUGCAUACUGUUUAAAUAUGGAUAACUUCAUCAAAAGAAUGGUAGAGCAAAUGCCAAAUAAAGCUAAAAUUGAGUACAAGAAAACAGAAAAAGAGCGAGCUAAGGAUAAACCACAAUGUUUAAAACAGCGUGCUGAACGUGAGCGACAUGACAUAAUAAGAAUUACAUUAAAUGGACGGCCCACUUUAGUCUAAUUAUUAUUUUUUAUUCAUAACAUAUUAUGUAUUAUUUUGAUUAAUUAUUAUUCGUAUACUUGUAAUUAAGUUUUAAUUUGGUUGUAACACGUUAAAAAUAAGAUUUUAAUUGCUUUUAAUUUAACUAAAAAAUUUAAUUAUUAAUUGUAAUUAAUUAUAUUAUACUUUGAUAUGUUCUCUUUAUAUAAUUUGUAAAAGGGUGAAUACCCUUUGAUAUAUACAAUAAAUAAUUAUUUUUUACACUGUGUAAUGUAAUCAAUUUUCUAA